GAAUCUCGAUCCAACUGGGGAGGACCCGGGUGGGGUCAGAUCGUUUCGACCCCGGACAGGGCCGUUUCAGGGAUCGCGCCACGUCCAUUUUCGCAUUUCGCAAUCUUCAGCCACGUACGAUGAAAGACCCUGCGACGCUGAGCUUCUGGCGGCGCCUCGGCCGCUCCUUCCGCCACGAGGUCGACGAGGACGAUGGUCAUGGCCGUGGCUCGAGCCUCUUCCGCAGCUUCCGCCGGCAUCCCGAAUCGCGUCGCAGCUUCCUCGGGCUCUUCAAGCGCAAGGAUACCGAGUACGAUGCGACCAUCGAUGGUGCCACCCACUCGACGCGCAAGUCGCUUCUCGAGCGCUGGCUGCGUGACGACGACCCGUGGCGGCGCCGGUCGUCGCUAGUCGAGUCGGAAAAACCGUCGCGGGCGUCGCGCUAUAGCGCCGUCAAAGUUGUUUCCUGCAACGAGCAACCGGUCAUGGACGACGACGACGACGAUGACGAUGCGACGACGCAGGCCUCGGACGAGUCGCCGGUCACGUCGCCCAAGCACGGCGCGCCAAGCAAUACCGCGAUGCCCUUCAAGCCCACAUCAUACUCGUACUCGUACGCGUUCGCGAAUGCUGCGACCUCUGCCUUCAACAGCGAGUACGCAGCGCCAUUGCGGCUCACAGCAGUCCCCGUGUCGAUCCCGCCCAUCUUUCGAAAGCGGGACCGCUUCUACGUCGGCGGCAAGAACAUCCCGUUCACGCGCCAAAACCAUCUGGACCGUCUCCUAAAGCACAAGCGCAAGUCCAUGGACGUCGUGUACGAAGACUGCUUGUACCUCGACUUUGCGCUCGACCAUACCAUGAAGAACCUCGUCGACUACUCUCGACUCCUCCAGCCGCAGCGGGCGCUGGCCCAGGCGUUCCUUCACGCGUCCUAAGUUAUUCCGUCGUUCGAUCGCAGGACGUCCUCGUAUGCGUUCGCACGAGCCAAUCGCAUGUCGUCUUUUGGUUCU